CGCUUCUCCCCACCCCGUGUGCCGGACGGUGAUAAGGCUGGGGGAGGGCCCUACCGGGCUGGUCCGGUAGUUUCGGCGCUUUUCCUGAGAGCUCGUGGGGCUGGAUCUAGCGAGUCCUCGUCUGAGUCCGCACCGACACCCCCGCUGCUGCAAUGAAGCCGCUGUGGGGACUCGCUCUUCUGUGUGUCCUGCUCCUGGCCUCAUCGGUCAGAGCGGAGGACCUGGAUGUGGACGCCACGGUAGAAGAUGACCUGGGGAAAAGCAGAGAGGGCUCCCGGACUGACGACGAAGUUGUUCAGAGAGAGGAGGAAGCUAUUCAAUUAGAUGGCUUAAAUGCAUCCCAGAUAAAAGAAAUCAGAGAAAAAUCAGAGAAGUUUGCAUUCCAAGCUGAAGUUAACAGAAUGAUGAAACUCAUUAUCAAUUCUUUAUACAAAAACAAGGAGAUUUUCCUGAGAGAAUUGAUUUCAAAUGCUUCUGAUGCUCUAGAUAAGAUAAGGCUAAUAUCACUGACUGAUGAAAAUGCCCUUUCUGGUAAUGAAGAACUCACUGUUAAAAUAAAGUGUGAUAAAGAGAAGAACAUGCUUCAUGUUACAGACACAGGCAUUGGCAUGACCAAGGAAGAAUUAAUCAAAAACUUGGGUACCAUUGCCAAGUCUGGUACAAGUGAAUUCUUAAACAAGAUUACUGAAACACAGGAAGAUAGUCAGUCAACAUCUGAGUUGAUUGGCCAGUUUGGUGUUGGCUUCUACUCUGCCUUUCUGGUAGCAGACAGAGUUAUUGUCACAUCAAAGCACAACAAUGAUACUCAACACAUUUGGGAAUCUGAUUCAAAUGAAUUCUCAGUGAUUGAUGACCCGAGAGGAAACACCUUGGGCAGAGGCACCACCAUAACCCUUGUCUUGAAGGAGGAGGCAUCUGACUAUCUCGAGCUGGAUACAGUUAAAAAUCUAGUCAAGAAAUAUUCACAGUUCAUAAACUUCCCCAUAUAUGUGUGGAGCAGCAAGACUGAGACUGUAGAAGAGCCCAUUGAAGAGGAAGAAGUAAAAGAAAAAGAGGAAACGGAUGAUGAAGCUGCUGUUGAAGAGGAGGAAGAGGAGAAAAAGCCAAAAACUAAGAAAGUUGAAAAAACUGUCUGGGAUUGGGAGCUUAUGAAUGAUAUUAAGCCAAUUUGGCAGAGACCAUCUAAGGAAGUUGAAGAUGAUGAAUACAAAGCAUUUUACAAAUCGUUUUCUAAGGAACACGAUGAUCCUAUGGCUUAUAUUCACUUCACUGCUGAAGGAGAAGUAACAUUCAAGUCUAUCUUGUUUAUUCCUACCACAGCUCCGCGUGGUUUAUUUGAUGAAUAUGGAUCCAAAAAGAGUGAUUACAUUAAGUUGUAUGUCCGGAGAGUAUUCAUCACAGAUGACUUCCAUGAUAUGAUGCCUAAAUAUCUUAACUUUGUGAAGGGUGUUGUGGACUCUGAUGAUCUUCCUCUGAAUGUAUCUCGUGAAACCCUUCAGCAGCAUAAAUUGCUAAAGGUUAUUAGGAAGAAACUGGUUCGUAAAACUCUUGACAUGAUCAAGAAGAUUGCUGAAGAAAAAUACAAUGAUACGUUUUGGAAAGAAUUUGGUACAAACAUAAAACUUGGAGUGAUAGAGGAUCAUUCCAACCGUACUCGUCUAGCUAAGCUUCUUCGUUUCCAAUCAUCUCAUCAUGAAAGUAACACUACUAGUCUGGACCAGUAUGUGGAGAGAAUGAAGGAGAAACAAGACAAAAUCUAUUUCAUGGCAGGAGCCAACAGAAAAGAGGCCGAAUCUUCGCCAUUUGUUGAACGUCUUCUGAAAAAGGGCUAUGAAGUGAUUUAUUUGACUGAACCUGUGGAUGAAUACUGUAUUCAAGCUCUGCCAGAAUUUGAUGGCAAGAGAUUCCAGAACGUUGCUAAGGAAGGAGUGAAAUUUGAUGAAAGUGACAAAUCCAAGGAGAGUCAGGAAGCUUUGGAAAAAGAAUACGAACCACUCUUAACCUGGAUGAAAGACAAGGCUCUAAAGGACAAGAUUGAAAAAGCUGUGUUGUCUCAACGCUUAACUGAGUCUCCCUGUGCACUGGUGGCUAGUCAGUAUGGAUGGUCUGGCAACAUGGAAAGAAUCAUGAAGGCUCAGGCAUACCAGACUGGGAAGGAUAUCUCCACAAAUUAUUAUGCUAGUCAGAAGAAGACAUUUGAAAUUAACCCUAGACAUCCACUGAUCAAGGACAUGCUCAGGCGCAUAAAGGAAAAUGAAGAGGAUAAAACAGUUGCAGAUCUUGCUGUAGUUCUAUUUGAAACAGCGACCAUAAGAUCAGGCUAUAUGUUGCCAGACACCAAGGAAUAUGGAGAGAGAAUAGAAAGGAUGCUUCGUUUAAGUUUAAACAUUGACCCUGAAGCAAAGGUGGAAGAGGAGCCAGAAGAACCUGAAGACACAGCUGAAGUAGAGCAAGAUGAGGAAGAAGUAGAAGCUGAUGGUGACGAAAGUGAAACCGAAAAGGAAUCUACAGAUGUAAAAGAUGAACUGUAAACAGCACUCAACUAGCAUCCUGCCUGGGGUGAGGAGGGAAUGUGAAUUAGAUUGUUCAGUUUUUCACUGUAAAAUGUUAAGGGGGUGGUGUUGUGGGGUUAUGGGCUGAGGAGGAUUUUUUAAGUUUAAUUUUUUAAAACAUUCCUCAUGAAUGUAAAUUUGUACUAUUUAACUGACUAUUCUUGGUGUAAAAUCUUGUCAUGUGUACAAAAUAAAAUGUUCCAAAAUACCACGU